AAACCCAAGGUCAGGUGAUCACGCAAGGGUCCUUCCACUUUGUCACCAGGGCUGAAGCAUCUACGCCAAGACGCGCCGUGGGACAGCCGCGGUGGCUGCGAGCUGCGCUGUCCUGGAGGUCAGGAGCCCGGCGGACCCAGACGACCUCUUUGCUGCCGGCAGGCUCCCGGGACCGCGUCCGCGCCUGGGCACGGAUUCCGUCCCUGGUCCCCGCGCAGAGCAGAGCUGCUGCAGACCCGCGGAUAGGCGCCCGGACCCAGCGCAUCGACGGCACAGAGCUCUUCAGCCUGGCUGCCAUGGGCUCCGUGGGCUUGCUCAGCUCCUGCCUCUCCUGGAAGAGCAUCGUGGGCAUCUUUUUCCUGCCAUUUAUCUUACCAGGUUUUGCUCCUCGGUUUAAGCAAAAAGAGAAGUUGAUUUCUGGAAGUCUGUCUAUGCCCCAGUCCAGGAUUCAUUGGUCUCAUCUGACUCCUGACAACCUAAGGAACCGAUCUCAGGGGCUUCAAACUGAAAGCCCAACCAAUGGCAGACCAUACUUCACACUGAAUGGCCAUAAGUUCCUGAUCUUCGGGGGCUCCAUCCACUACUUCCGGGUGCCCAGGGAGUAUUGGAGGGACCGCUUGCUGAAGAUGAAGGCCUGUGGCUUCAACACCCUCACCACCUAUGUCCCGUGGAACCUCCAUGAGCCAGAAAGAGGCAAAUUUGACUUCUCCGGGAACCUGGACCUGGAGGCCUUCAUCCUGCUUGCUGCGGAGCUGGGGCUGUGGGUGAUCCUGCGUCCAGGCCCCUACGUCUGCAGCGAGAUCGACCUCGGGGGCUUGCCCAGCUGGCUGCUCCAAGACCCCCCGGUGCAACUGAGAACAACCCACGAGGGCUUCGUGAAGGCGGUGGACAAGUACUUCAACCAGCUGAUUCCCAGGGUGCUUCCUCUCCAGUACAGCCUGGGAGGCCCCAUCAUCGCCCUGCAAGUGGAGAACGAAUAUGGCUCCUACGGUCUCGACAAACUCUACAUGCCUUAUCUCUGUCAGGCGCUGCUGAAAAGAGGGAUUAGGGAGCUGCUCUUGACCUCGGAUCAUCAUGAACACGUGCUGGAGGGCUACGUCAAAGGAGUGCUGGCCACUGUCAAUUUGAAAGCCUUCCAAGAGGACGCUUUUAAACAGCUUUUCGAAGUGCAGAAUAAACCCAUACUGGUUAUGGAAUUCUGGGUUGGCUGGUACGACAGUUGGGGAGGGAUCCACCAUGUUGGAUUUACAAAGGAAAUCGAAACUACUGUGGCUGAAUUCAUCAAAAACGAGAUUUCCUUCAAUAUAUAUAUGUUCCAUGGUGGAACCAACUUUGGCUUCAUGAAUGGAGCUUCCAUUUUUCACAAACACUUGUUUGUCGUCACUAGCUACGACUAUGACGGGUUGCUGACAGAGGCUGGAGACUACACAGAAAAAUAUUUCAGUCUUCGAAAACUGAUUGGCUCUAUCUCAGCAGGUCCCCUGCCCAGCUUGCCCAACCUUAUUCCGAAGACCAUGUAUCCCUCCGUGAGACCAUCACUCUACCUGCGACUGUGGGACACCCUACAGUACUUAGACAAACCCGUGCAAUCAAAUACACCCCUUACCAUGGAGAAUCUUCCUAUAAACAACGGAAGUGGACAGGCCUUUGGAUUCGUUCUUUAUGAGACUCCCAUCUGCUCCAAAGGCAGCCUCCAUGCUCACGCUUACGACAUGGCACAGGUGUUUUUGAAUGAGACGAUGAUCGGAAUUCUGAAUGAGGAUUUCCAGAACGUGUACAUUUCUAAAGUCGAGAACUGUCAACUUCUGAGGAUCCUGGUGGAGAAUCAAGGACGCGUCAACUUCUCGUGGAAAAUGCAAGAUGAGAGGAAAGGGUUUCUUGGGCCUAUUUUCUUCAAUAAUGUUUCCCUAGAGGGCUUCACUAUCUAUUCCCUGGAGAUGAAAAUGAGCUUCUUCAACAGACUCCGCUCUGCCCCCUGGAGGCCUGCCCCAGAGAGCUACUGGGGCCCUGCCUUCUACCAGGGUACCCUGAAGGCUGGCGCUUUUCCCAAGGACACCUUCCUGAGCCUCGAGAACUGGACUUACGGAUUCGUGUUCAUCAAUGGGCGUAACCUCGGGCGAUACUGGAACAUUGGGCCCCAGAAAACACUCUACCUGCCUGCUACCUGGCUGAAGCCAGGAGACAAUGAGAUCAUUCUGUUUGAGAGGAAGAGGAAGGGUACAGACAUCCAAUCUAGAGAUACACCCCUGCUAUUUUAACAUGUCGUUUGGAUUAUUGGAAGUCAUCUGUAAAUCAUUUUUAAGGAAGAAGAUAAAUGUUAGGACUAUCAGAGUAUUGCCUGCAAUACCAAAAUGUAGAAAUAAUCUAAGAUAAAUCAACAGAGAAAUUAAGUAGCUUGUAUUGUAUCAACUCAAUUCCUAUAUUUCAGCUUCAAAAUAACUUCAAAAUCUUUUAUAAGUGAAUUAUCUAGUCAAACAAUCCUUAGCACAUUCUUAUUCUUUAAUCAAAUAUGCCUUUAGACAGAUGUAAAUAAAAUGAAGCAAAUUUUA